AUGAACCCUGGUCAUCGUGAACUUGGACCUUAUGGCCGUGCAUGUGCCACUUGCGCCCGCGCAAAAUGUAAAUGUAUUCCUCGAGCUGGCGGUAGCACUUGUGAGAGGUGCCACCGCUUGAAUAAGGAAUGCAUACAGCCUAUCAGGCAGCGAAAGCUUAAGCCGCUUUCGAAGAGAACGCAGCUGGAGCAUAAGCUAGACGGUUUGAUGACUCUAUUGGCUUCGACGGGACAGUCACAGCUCCAGCCCCUGUCGCUGUCUGAUCCAGGGGCCAACAUGAACACAAACAUCGUCACUUCUGAAACCGAGUCUCCCAAUAGCAAUUCAGAAUUGCUCGGGACUGUGAUAUCUGUGCCAGAUCUAGGCCAAGGCGCGGAAGAAGAAGCCUGUCUAGCCUCUUUCCGUAAAGAAAAGCUGCCGGUUUUCCCAGUUGUUUAUAUUCCGGAUACUAUGUCUGCAAAGGAUGUUAAAGAACAGUCCCCCUUUCUGUGGCGCUGCAUCACUGCAGUCCAAUGCAAGCAUCCGUCCCGUCAAUCUGAAUUAUGUGCUAGUAUUCGUGAAGUAGCAGGCAAGAAACUCCUUGUGGAUUGCGCAAAAAGCCUGGACCUUCUACAAGGGAUCUUGGUGUAUCUCGCCUGGGUCACAUACCUAACCCAGCCGCAGAAGUCGUCGUUGUGUAUAUAUACCCAGAUGGCAAUUGGAUUGGUCUUCGAGCUUGGUCUCAACAAGCCUGCACCCCCGGAUUUAUGCAUGGCGACCUCAAAUUGCAAUGCAGUGGGCCAUCUGCCACAUUUGAAGCCGUCUCUUUCAACCAAGCGAACCAUGAAUGAACGGCGAGCCGUGCUCGGCUGUUUUGUUCUUAGUUCCUUAAUAGCACAAUUCUUAGGUCGGAUGGAUCCGCUCCGAUGGACGCCUCAUAUGGAGGAAUGUCUCAAUGCCCUAGCCGAAAGUGACGCAUCACCUAAUGAUGUUGUGCUUGUGCAAAUUACACGUACACGAUUGCUGGCGGACGCGAUCUUACAAGGGCCUUGGUAUGAGAAUCUCUAUGAUAUCGAUAUCGCCUCCCGAGCACCGGCAUCGUUUCAUAUGAAAGCUAUACAGACGCAGUUACAAACCCUGAAAGCUAAGAUUCCUAUCGACCUAGCUGAAAAUAGGCCCAUCCUGUUUCACCUCAUUCAUACAGAGGUCAGCCUGUACGAGACAGCCCUCAGCAAGCCAACCGCAAACACAGAAUAUACGGACCCGCAACGGCUUGACCACCUCUACACUUGCUUAAAGACAGUCAAAUCUUUCUUUGAUUUAUUAAUAACUGUUCCUAUAGCUGACCUGACCUCUAUUACCCUACCUGAUCUGAUUUAUAUCUCUCACUGCCUUGUGACUCUCUUCCGUCUUUCGACUUUCGAUUGCCCUGGAUGGGAUCGAGCUAUUGUUCGAAGGACAUUGGAUCUAGUAACUAUUACUGGUCAGCUAGCCGAUCGACUGAAUGCGGUGGCGCAGGCUACAGCAAAUAUCUCAACACAAACCCAAUUCUCCACUAAUAUUCCGAGCCCUAACUCGCCUAUAAAAAUGAGCGAGGACAAUCAACCAAACGAGAACCUAAAACGCCAAACCAAUCCAGAAGAUGAGCUCAAUGAAAGCCCUUCAGUACCUGAGAAAUACAAACCAGAAUGGCUGGAAGGGGUUCCUCUAGUCAUGGCCAUAAGCGGGACCACGCUUGUUGUCUUUCUCAUGUUGCUAGAUAUUUCCAUUGUUUCAACGGCCAUCCCAGAGAUCACAAACCAGUUCCACUCCCUCGACGACGUGGCUUGGUAUGGGAGUGCGUAUACCAUCGCUAGUGCCUCGCUUCAGCCUCUCACGGGCAAAUUCUAUAACUAUUUCCAAUUGAAGUGGACAUUCCUUUCCUUCUUUUCCCUCUUCGAAAUCGGCUCGUUAAUCUGCGGAGUUGCCGAUUCGUCAAAGAUGUUAAUUAUCGGCCGUGCGGUAGCUGGAAUGGGAUCCUCAGGGAUGUUGAAUGGAGCCAUGAACAUUCUCGCCGCUGCUGUUCCAAUGCAUAAAAGGCCGACACUCAUGGGGGUCAUCAUGGGAAUCGCGCAGCUUGGAUUAGUUUCUGGGCCACUCAUUGGCGGUGCCUUUACGACAUCUUCGACAUGGCGAUGGUGCUUCUACAUCAACCUUCCCAUUGGCGUCCUCGUAGGCGCCCUCCUCAUAUUCACCCGUAUCCCGGAACAAAAGCCCAAGGACAAAGCCAGUGAAGUAAUCCGAUCGACGCUUCUCUACAAAUUCGAUUGGGUUGGUUUCGCCCUUUUCGCCCCAGCCUGCAUCCAGCUACUCCUUGCACUACAAUACGGCGGAAACCAGUACCCCUGGAAGAGUGCCACGGUGAUUGGGCUGUUCUGCGGCACAGUUGCCACACUGCUAGUCUUCAUCGCCUGGGAGCGCCACAUGGGCCGCGAUGCAAUGAUCCCAGGCUACCUACUCCGUAACCGGAUUGUGGUAUGUUCUUGUAUGCUCUCUAUGAUGAUCUUCGGCAUGACCAUGAUUCUAUCAUAUUAUCUGCCCAUUUACUUCCAGUCGGUUCGGGGCAAAUCGGCGUUAGUCAGUGGCGUCAACCUACUACCGAACAUACUGUGCCAGUUAGUUAUGGCCGUUGUAUCAGGAAUUCUAACCGGGAAACUGGGUUACUAUCUCCCAUGGGGAGUUCUCGGCGCUAUGCUAAACGCAAUUGGCUGCGGUCUGCUAUCAACCCUCACGCCAAAUACCUCGGUUCCCGCCUGGGCUGGAUUCCAGUCCUUAGUCGGAUUCGGCAGAGGCGCCGCAACGCAAGUACCCAUGAUCGCAAUUCAAAACGCCGUAGUAGCAGACGAAGUCUCGACUGCGAUGGCUAUCAUGACCUGUAGCCAGACUUUGGGUGGAGCAGUCUUCCUAGCUGUUGGGCAGGCCAUCUUUUCCCAGGCUCUGCGGGUCAAGCUUCCGGAAUAUGCUCCCGCUGUGGAUGCCGAAACGGUGAUUGCGGCUGGUGCGACGGGGUUUCGGGAUGUGGUGUCUAUGCGGCAGUUACCGGGCGUUUUGAGGGCGUAUGCGAAGAGCGUGGAUCGGGUGUUUUAUUUGGGUGUUGGCUUGUCUGUUGCUCAACUUAUCUUUGUUUGGGGGGUUGGGUUCAAGAAUGUGAAGGAGAAGGGGGGGAAGGCAAGUGGGGAGGUGGGUGAUGAUAAG